AUGGCGAUGGAUAAAAUUAUCAAACCAGAGAAGAAUGAAUUCAUUUCUCCUCUUGUCAAUUUCGACACAUUUGGACAGGUCGCAAGGAAACAAUGGAAUUGUCUGCGAAAAGCUGUUUCAUUGGAACCGUUACUCGAGUUCAGUUAUCCAGCUGAUAUGCCUGAAGCGCCGUCGUACGUUCAUAAACGUGUAUUACGUGAUAAUGAAGAUAUCGAUGACAACGAGACAACAGCUGCAAAAUUGCAGAAAGUAUUUGGUAUACAAGAUGACGAUGCGAGAGAUAUGGUUUCUAGUUUGGAUGUCAGUCAUUUUGCUUUACUCAAUAAACGAGAUAUAUUUUUUCGGAAGAAAGUUGACCUUGAAGAUAUACCUGCCGAUACGGAAUUAGAAACUUUAAAAUUGAAAAAAAAGGUGUUAGAUAUGUUUAAUCCCAUCAAGAAGAAGCCAGCGGGUCCUUACGAUGAUCCACGGCAGCGUGAACAAAAUCUGAAGAUGAGAAGGAAUAUACAACAAAGCAUGUGCUAUGGUAGUACUGUACUCAAAUAUGGUGACUAUAACGAAAAUGAAACGAGGCACUGCAGAAAUGACGGAUAUAAGCAGUCGGUAGUGAAUGAUUUUGUGGUAACAGUGGUCAUUUGUAAACCAUAUAAUAAAGCUUUGGAGUAUUUAGAAAAGCGAAAUGCAACGUUACGUCCAUAUUGGCGAUUUCUAUUACGUGGUGAGACAUCUUUGCUUGAAUUGCAUAGUUUAUUUCGGUGUACCGCAGAUUAUGGAACAGCAGUGGAUGAAGACAAAGUGCCGCAGCUUCAUGAUUUCAAUAUGUUUAAAUAUCCAUCGUCAUUCUUGUUUAUUCAUGAUACAUUCUAUAUAGCAGAAACUUACACUGGAUCUAAGGAAACACUGUUACAAAUCGAUACUUCAAAAAUUGAACCCCACAUAGAUAUCUCAGAACCUAUACGUGAAUGGAUGAAAAGAAAACCAAAAGAUUUUGGUCCAACACAAGUUAAAAGUCUCAAUGAAGGCAAGGUUAAAGACUUGGUAUGUCGUCUUGGAUAUCCGUAUGUUUAUGUUCAUCAGGGUAAUUGCGAGCAUGUUUUCUUUUUCACCGAUUUGCGAUUGAUGGACAUACAAGAUUAUCCAAUCGAUUUUCCUCAGAAAUUAUCCGAUACAAGCUUGGAAAAUUACUGUAUUACAUGCCAUAAACGGAUUGCAGACUGGAUACUUGAAAGUGAAAGUUUCCCGAUAAGUCCAGCUCAUAUGUGUGAUGACUGUUACAGAAGCUUCCAUUAUAUUCUUUCUUAUCGUCGGAAGAUCGAUUCUAGAGCGUAUGUUUAUAUGGAUCCAUCCAUCUUACAAUACUAA